AUGGUUCCGCCGGGCAUGUGGAACAGCAGCGUUGCCACGGCCGCCAGCCCAUCCUCGGUGGGUUCCAGGGUGAGGGGGCCGGGCCUGGUGCGGCUGCCGCUGCCGGUGGAGGAGGAGCUGCCGCCGGUGACGUGGCCGUGCCGGCGGGCGCGAGCCGUGGACGCUGACGAGGUGGUCGGCAACACCGAGGACUUGCCGGCGGUGUUCGCGUCGUUCCUCGGCGCUCUGCUUGGCCUUCCAGAGGAGAACGCAGGCGGCCAGGAAGAGGAAGAAGCAGGAGAAGAAGACACUGAAGAAGACAAAGAGGUCGAUGUGGGCCUGGUCUUGCCGGAAGAAGAGCAGCCCCUGGGUCUCGCCCUCGGCCGUGCCGACAAGCGCCAGGAAGAAGCGCUGCGUUUUCAGGGCGUGACGCUGGUACGGGAAGGUGACCACCAGCCUCUCCCGCAGAGCCCGUACCACCAGCACCGUCCGUGGGCGUACAACCGUCACGCUCUCCCCGCCCGUCUGCGUCUGCGUCUGCGUCUGGCCCGGGCCGGUCAGCUGCAGCGUGUGCCGGCCGGUCAGCGGGUGCACGGACACGGUGAAGGAGGAAUGCGAGUCGGACAGGUAGACGUCCAGUUGGCCGAAGGUCACGUCCACCGUGAUGCGGAUGUCCACGUUCGUGAACUUGGGCUGCACGGCAAAGAAGACGGAGCGGCCAGACGCCAGGUUACGGAUCCGCGGCUCGUGGUAGCAGUUACUCUGCGACGUUGGGUCAAAGCAAUAUUCCUGCUCCACUGUGAUCUGCCGGCUGCCCGCCACUCCCACUGUGGUCUGGAGUGGAGGGGGGGGAUGUUGGUGAUGGGGGGUGAGUUGAGGAACGGCUCACUGACCAGUGACGUGUGGGUGUACGAGCCCCUCGCUGACCAGUGGCGACGGCUGCAGCCUCUCAGCUCCCGCAACCCGCCCGGCCUGGCCUCACAUGCAGCUGCACUGGUGGACGGCAGCCUGUACGUCUACGGAGGGCGUACAGAGGAGGGCAGCUUCAGCGGGACAAUGUUCCGCUUGGACCUGCAGCGUCUGGAGUGGGAGGAGGUUCUGCCCACUGGAGGCAAGAGCCCACCCGUGGCUGCCCACUCCAUGGUCUUCCACCCCCAAUCACGUACCCUGCUCAUACACGGCGGGCACCGACUCUCCCCACGCUUCAGUUACCGGACUAACAGCACGGACAUCUUCCACGUGGACCGGCGUUACUGGAGCAGCCUGGCAGCACGCCCAUCAGCCGCCGGCCCCCGUGAGAGGGCCUUCCACACCGCCACGCUGGUCGGCAACUACAUGGUGGUGUACGGGGGUAACGUCCACAUACACUACCAGGAGGAGAAGUGCUACGAUGAUCGCAUAUUCUUCUACCACCUGGGCUGCCACCAAUGGGUCUCUGGCCAGGAGCUGGGACUCCUCAUCAACAGUGCCGAUGGGCGCGAGGGCAGGUCUCGCCGCGGGCGUUACUCCCACGUGGCGGCGCUGAUGAGAGGCAACGUCCUGCUGGUGGCCGGCGGCUUCAGCGGGCAAAGCCUGGGGGACCUGGUGGCCUAUAAGCUGCCUGUCUUUGUCUCACAUGUCAUGGUGCAGAACGUUCAUGUUGACUAUUGCUCGCUGUACGGAGCCGAGGUUACCUGUAGCAAGGACCCCGAGUGUGUGUGGUGUCAGAGCCGUUGCCAGAGCUACCAGCCCCACAGCACGUGCCCGCAGCGAGGGUGUCUGGGCCUUUCCGGCCUCCUCACCGACUGCCAAUCGUGCCUGGUGUUCGGGCAGAGCCGUGGUUCACCGCCACACACCCCCGGUGCCCUGGGCUGGUGCGUGCAGACUGCCACCUGUCUACCUGUAUCAGGUACGGGCCACCUCCCCAUCUAA